AGUUGGAAAGUAGCGUGGAAGCUAGCAUACAGAAGGUAUAUGAUGAAGAGUAUGGGUCUAUCAUCUCCGUAAGCAAUAGUGUUGAGCUAGCACAGAGCAAUAAGAUGAAAGAGAAAGAGGAAGUGAUAGAGGGGCAGAGAGGAAGCAAAGAAAUGGAAGGAUGGAUAAACAGUAUGGACAAUUUACUGCCCUUUGUGGGGAUGAUGAUGUUUAUGCUGAUUCAAAGUGGGAACAUGGUGGUCAUCAAAUUUGCCAUGGCUGAGGGGAUGAACAAGUAUGUCACGGUUGUCUAUUCUACGGCUCUCUCCACCUUCAUUCUUCUUCCCUCUGCCUUGUUUCUUAACAGGUCAGAGCGCCCUCCUCUCACAUUCUCAACACUCUGCAGCUUCUUUUUUGCUGCACUGCUUGGGACUUCAGCACAUAUAAUGUCUUAUGUUGGCAUAGAACUAAGCUCGCCUACACUUGCUUCAGCCAUGCUUAACCUCAUUCCAGCUUUCACUUUUGUUCUAGCUCUCAUUUUCAGAAUGGAAGAAGUACAUUGGAGACAAUUUAGCAGCCAAGCCAAAAUCUUAGGAACCAUAGUAUCAAUUACAGGAGCAUUUGUUGUGAUAUUUUACAAGGGCCAACCAAUCUUCAAGACACAUUCGUUAGACUCUCAUAAUAAACUUCAAUCUUCACCCCAAUCAACAUGGAUCUUUGGGGGGUUAUUCUGUGCUGGAGACUCUCUCCUUGGCUCCAUGUGGUACAUAUAUCAGACUACAGUUAUAAAGAAAUACCCUGUCGUAAGAGUGGUAGUCUUCUUUCAAAUAUUUUUUUCAUUCCUUCAAUCAGCAGUGUUUACCUUAAUAGCAGUUAGAGAUGAUCCAAGAGCAUGGAAGCUAGUUGAUAAGGGUUUUAUUGUCAUUUUAUAUCAGGCAAUAGCUGCCAUACUGAUACGUCACGUAUGCACAUGGUGCGUCCAAAGAGCAGGACCUCUUUUUUGUGCUAUGUUCAAACCUAUGGGAAUCAUCUUCACCGUUUUAAUGGGUGCAAUUUUUCUCGGCGAUGAUUUAUGCCUUGGAAGUUUGAUUGGUGCGGUUAUAAUCGUGAUGGGAUUUUACGCUGUUCUGUGGGGAAAAUCCAAAGGGGACAAGGUUAAGAGAGUGGUUGAGAACUUGGAGUCGCCAUGCCAUAAUGUUCCUUUAUUACAAAAUAGAUGUAACUAGUACGUGGAAUAUGCGACAAUGAGGAAUAGUAACAACAAUUGUUAAUAUAUUUUUAUUAUUAAAUGAAAUUUGUAUAUAUUUAUUAAAUAAUAACUGUGCAGGUUUAAGU